AAAGAAAAAAGGAACUACUGUAUCAUUUGAGGAGCUAUUUGUGGCCACAAAAGCAAGACAUCUGAACAUUCAUACAAGGACUCAAAUGAAUACACCAUUAGUAAUUGUACGAAUAUUAUCUAACUGCAACCUCUUUUUAUAUCAUUUAUUUGUUCAUAAUUUUUGUUUGCUUGAAUUUGUUUAUUAAAUUUGCUCUGUUAACUGAUUUGGAGGAAAUUGAAAAACAACAAAGUGCAGAUAGCAGUGAGUUUCUUAACGCAUUUUCUUCUGUCAUGGUUCCUGAACUUCUAAGACGUCUAAGAUUAUAUGGAUGGAGGGCUGCAAAGAGUUCUUUGGAAAGAAAAGUGGGAGAUUCUGGACCAGUUUUAAUUCUACUAGAUAUAAAAAUGGAGAAACAAAGGAAGACCAUUCAGCAAGAUGUUGCUGCAAAUAUAAUUGCACAACUUCAACGUGCAGGAUUAAUUAUGUGGACAUACUGGUAGCACUGUGUGUUCCUUCACCUAGAGAGGCUAUUUCUACACUACAAGCUAAUCAACUAAUCCGUCGGACAUCAUCAAGUAGCAAUAAUGGAGGUGCUGAAAUUGAAGAAGGGUCCGGCAUCGAUGAAUUAGACCUGAUAUAGGAGGAUUGGGCGUUGUUGAAACUUACUAGUCUUUUAGUUUUGAACAUUGAAAACAUGUGUUGCACUUUUUAAAUGGUCAAAAAAUAUUUGUAUAUUUUGCUUUUUUGAAUUACGUAAUUUUGA